GUGACUUGGCCACGGAGCACAGCGGACCUCAGUGAGAGCAGCGUUCAGUUAGAGAGGCAGACGGAGCGACGUUACCGUGCGUGGAGCCUUUGAGCAUCACCGGGAGAGCGCUCAGACAUUCACCGCAACGACGAAGCUGAAAUAACGUGACUAGACUCGAAAGAUCUAUUUUUUAAAACGCGUCCUCUCACUGGUUUUAUACGCUUUCUUUGUGUUGUGUUUUUGUACUGGAGGGGAACAGAGAGCGAGGCUUUACUGCGGCUAAUCAAUUUCCUCUUCCAGACCUGGGAAUUACAAUGAAACAUGUAGGUGACACGUUUUCUUUAACAAUUCAGGAAUCACAUUAGGAUCCACGCGAAGACAAAGAAGGCAGAGAAGAAAACGGGGGGAAAAUGGUGACGGGUGCCGCAUCUAUAGGAUCAGCAUCCUCUCUGUGGAGCCCCUGCGUAAAACAAAUAACAGUGUGAUAACUGCUGAACAAGUGGAUGUGAACCUGAGGGUAGAAGCGACUUGGAUCUCAUUGGGACUGUCCCUGCACCACGUGGAGGUUUACUGAGGGACUUUCUAAGCCGAGGCUCCUCACUGACCGCUCUUAACUCCUUUUUCAACUAUUUUUAUUUGUUUGAUGUUGUUGGGAUCAAGGUUUCAGACCUCUUCCCUUUUCGUCUGCUGUUUUGUUCCAAGCGAGACCAAAACCAGGUGCCAAACUGACUGUGUCAAGAGAAGCAAAAAAUCUCUGAAACUAACCACCACCAAAUCAUCAGAAGAAGAGUUUUAGUCAUUUCGUUUGAAAACCUGAUUUAGUAAUACAGAUUGCAGCUUUAUUCUCCCUCUCAGCCCACAAACAUAUUAAAAUCAUAUUUAAUUUCAACAUUUGUUACGCAUAUUCAAUAUUUUAAAAAGCAGAAACAACAGUGAAACUUUAUAUCCAUUGUCUUCAGUCAGUGUUUGCUGCUCUUAAUGCUAAAACUGCGAGAUUUUUUAAAUCCUGGGACGACGCUCAGUGCAUUAUUGGUUCAAAGUGCUUUAUAAACAGAUCCUCCAGCUGAUGGUUUGUUUGUAAUUGGUAGCGUGGUAAGCAGCGAUAACUCUCUGCCACGCUCCUCUGCCGUCUGAACACUUGAAGGCUUCAGCAGGACGAGGUUUGACUGACAGGCAACACACGCCACGUCUAAACCUGAUAAAUAUAGGCACCGCUACCGCCGCCGCCGCCGUCACUGCUGCUAUCGCUAUCUCAAAGGCUUGGAGAUAUAUACCGUCGUCUCAGUCUGCGCUGUGAAACACUGUUGACACUUUUCCUAUCUCCUUCUUCCAGUUCCUCAUACGAGAGAGGCCUCUCACUCUUUGUCGUCCUCUGUUUCUUCCAUAUGUGGCGCUCGAUUACGCCACAUUGAACAACCUGAAAGCCCCUUUAUCUAAUCCCAGUGACCUCUUCAACCUAUUUUUUGCAUUCUUCCUUUUAUUCUACUAAAAACAUGCAAUUUAAAACCUUUCACUGUAUUUACAUUUUUUGUGGAAGGAAAUCCAGUUUGUAAAAAAAAAAAAAGGGACAUAACGUAAAGCCAUACUGAACACCAGCCAUACGAAUACCUUUCACAUUUACUAAACACCUCACAAUGUUUAAGAUUUCUCCAACAAAGUGAUCUUCUGUCACGUCGGUGCACAUACACAUUCAGGGAGUCGAUGAAGAAACCGCUUGAGAGACGAACCCUAAAUUUAACAGUUUAGAUGAAAGAAAUAAUUUGUAAGUUGCGACUUUUUCUACCUGCGUCGUCAUAGAUCGCUCUGCUCCAAACCGAAUCGGUGACCAGACAGCCUGCGGGGUCAAGCGUGGCAGCGAACGUGGCCGUGUCGAGUUCCCCGUCGUCGCCCCGUGUUCCUCUGUGUUGACGGAUGAAUCCGGACAUUUUCAUGUCUGUUCUGUGGGCAGAACCUCGCUGCCCUGCUAGAACCGGGCCCAAGCCCUCCUUCGUUCUCUUCUGUUGGGCCAAGCUAAAUUCUGAGCAAAGACACUCACACAAGGGUAUCGAACGCACAUAGAUCCUCACCUGUUUCUGUCUUUCUGUGAUUUUGUUGUGAAUGCCUUGACAUGCUCAUUUAUUGAACUGAUCUCUGUCCUCUAGUCGUUGCUGGAAGGACUUUUUCUUAAACCUUUGAUGCUGCUUAACGCUGUCAUCUAGCAGUAACCUUUAUAUGUCGAACUCACUGUCCACAACUUCUAAAUUCUACUAUAAUUUAAACCAAAACUUUGAGCAUAUUGACCUUUACUGAUUCACUUCCUUUUUGAAAGGAAGAGCUCGUUCAUCGGGCAAAUUGUGAGUGUGAUGAAAUACUAAUUUAAGUCACAGCUUGUGCCAAAUUCAGACUGAGCUUGUUUCACCAAAACAAAGCUGAGAUCUCUAAAGCUGCCAGCAGUGUUGUUUACACACACACAUCAGACACACAGAGCUUGAAUAUUUGAUUUGAUUUAAAAAGAAACAUCAUUAUUCCAUGUAUGAUUUUCCAGAUCAGUUAUCCACACCAGGACAACAGAAGUGCCCAACUCCGACAAGAAUUCUUCCAGCAUCUGUUAAAAACUCAUCAAACGUGACAGAUAAAGUUUACAUACAGCGCUAAAUGUUUACAGACUACAUUUUCCAUCGCAGUUUCUUAUGUGAAUCGUAACUUUCGUGCCAUAAACGACUCCCAGAAAACUACUGUAGUAGGAGAUUUGAGACUCUUCUUUCUUUUCCUUUUUUUCGGUGGGGUCGGUUUAUAUAGAGUUUACAGUUUUCUCACGCUCGUUUUGUUUACGGAAAUGUUAAAAAAUUACUGCCUAUUUUGAAGAUUUAGAAUUUUGGCCAGUGGACUGUAAAAAAAAAACAGACAGACCAAAACUAAAUAUCUAAUACCUGCUGCCAUAAAAAGCCCACAUUAUUCUGUAUUUAUAAUUGAUUGAGGUUUUAAUUUAAAUUGAUUAUUUCAGACCUAUAGCCAUUUUGCAGGCAGUUCGUAUAGGGCCUAAAAACUCUGAAAGACCUCAACGUUUACAAAAGCUGCUUAAGGGAAGGAUUUGUAUACAGAGAGAAAUGUUUACAUUACGAUGAAAGAGUGAAAUGCCAAACACAUUCAUGAGACAUUGCUUGAGCAAAGUGACUCUGCUGAACUCCAAGAGAAACCCUUUGCACCUGUGCAACGUGUACAAAACAAGAAGGGAUUAGUUCAUCAGACUGGAGUUGAAACUUUUCACACUGAGGGUUUUUAUAAGUCAAGAAGCUGCCGUCUUGGAAGAGGACGCUGAUAAUUCACAGCGGAUCAGGAGCUGUUUGAUGUGAAUUUUUUUUUUUAACAUCAGCUCAAGAACUUUGUGAUUAAAAAAAACAAUGAGACCUACAAUUUCAAGAGGGAUGUUUUGCCUGUCCCUUGUUGUCCUGCUUUUCUCCUGUCUCGCCGUUUCCACGGUAACCAUCACCACAAAGCGACGUGCUGUUGAUGGCGAUGUCAGGACUCUGACCGGCAGCAGUGGCUCCGCUGCAGCUGGCAAAACGAGCACCACCUUGUUCCUCCUGACCGGCUACAAGCCACCACUGCCCCCGCUGCCCGCCGGACCCAAAGUGGCGCCAAAAGCAGCCGAGGUGGAGGAUGGGGACGAUCCUCCGGUUAUGGCCGAACUCCCUCCAAAGCCCCUCCCUCAGACCAUGUUGCCAAGGAACAUGACGGCCGACGCCCUGAAGCCUCCGCUCGGCGCGGCCCAGGUGGCUCCACCUCCCAGACAGCUGGUGGAUGUGGACGUGUGCAGGGGUUACUUUGACGUUAUGGGGCACUUUGACAGCACGUUCAACUGCUCUAAGGGCAGCUACAUCUACUGCUGCGGGACCUGCCACUACCGGUUCUGCUGCGAGCACCAGAGGAACCGACUGGACCAGGACUCCUGCACCAACUACAAGUCCCCCGUCUGGGCUGACCCACAGGUCCCCGUCACUGUGCCUGCGGGCAACAAGCCCGACCCGGACUUUGAGACGCUUCAGCAGCAGAACAGCAGCACAGCGUAUGUGAUCGGAGGUGUGAUCUCCUUCACGCUGGUGGUGGCUGUGGGAGUCAGGAUCGCCUUCAGCAAGGUGGCACGUCGACCCCGAAACCGAGACAUCAACAUGCCCAGGUCACUGGUGGAUAUCUUGCGUCACCAGUCGAGCCCUGUGCAGCAGGGAGAGAGGAACAACACCACAGUGUUGACCACCACCACAUCAGACGGACGCACAUCCAAAAACCUCUACACCCCCAUCCUGCAGAGCAAAGACAACCGCACUGGGAACUUGCACCACCAUUUUAACCAGCAGGGGUCUGCCUCCAGCCCCAAACACUCUGCUACCAUCGAGCGUGGACCCCGUAUGAACAACACCCCCCAGCUGUCCUCCGGUCCCACCCUGCUUUCAAGUAGCGGUAAAGGUCCUGGCGGCGUCGGCGGUGGCAGCAUUAUUGGAGGCGGCAUGAGGCACAACAGCAGCCACCCGUCCUUCUCCCAUUCCUUCCACAACUUGGCCCAGCUGCCGCCGUCCUACGAGGCCACCAUGAAACCCGAGAUCAACCGCUACAGCUCCCUGAAGCGGCUGGAGAAAGAGCUGGACGAAUACUCCAGCUACUACAGCUCCAAACGUCGCUCCAACAACGCUCCACCGUCCUUCCACUCAUCUCAGCACCACCUGCCCUGGGGAGGCGACUACACGCUGGGAUCUAGGGGCACGUUGCCCCUCAAUGGCUCCCGGCCGCGCAUUCACAUCCCCUCCACCCCGAAUCCGUACCCGCUGCCCGGUCAGUCGCAGUACACCAGCUCCAGCUUCGAUAGGCCGCCUCGCCGCGUCCGCUCCCAGGACCAGCUGCUGGCACUCGGGGAGGGCAACACGCUGUCCCGUCUGUCCAAGAACCAGCAACACCAGUACUACAAAGCCAUGAUGAGCACCAGCAGGAGCUCCAACUCACAGACUCUUCCGCAGGAUAAACAUUUCCUUGGUUUCAGGUCCCAUGAGAGGCUCCUGGUCUCACCUGACCGUCUGGAGGACCGGCUGAUGGCGAUGGGGCUGAUGGUGGGAGGAGGCGACAGAGGAGGAGGAAGCGGGAUGGUACCCACCAUGGGCCGGCUCAGCCACCACCAGAAGGCCCAGUCACAGCAGAAUAUCUGCGUCACGCCGUCCAUGGACCGCCACCACAUGAUCAAGAUGAACUCCCACCCAGCAUCAGGCCACGACCACGACCGCAGCUCCGCCGCCGUGCCCGGUAUGGGUAUGCACGGUGGCUGGGACCCCCACGGGGGCCACGGCGGAGGUGGAGGGGGGGCGGUCGGAGGUCACCCCAACGCCCGACGGAUGGCUUUCGCCAGCAAGAGGCAGAACACCAUCGAACAGCUGCACUUCAUCCCCGGAGGAGGAGGAGGGCAGGGACUGCGGACUGGGAGUAAGAACGAGGUGACAGUGUGAGAGGAGGAGGGAGAGAGGAAGAGAAAGAGUGAGGGAAGAGAGAUGAAGGCUGAAGUUGUAAAGAAGCUGAAGACAGGAUGAGGAAGAGAGAACAGUGAGGCAUUUAGUGGGAAGAUGAAGUGGAGAGAUGAGCAGGAAGAGGCGAGAAAUGAGGAAGAUCUCAGCUGGCUGCCUCACAGGGCUGCACUCUGUCUUGGGAACGAGCAGCAAACAGGCCCCCCCCUCCCCUUCAUAAAACAAAAAUCUCAUAGUGAAAAUAGCCAAUUGAUUUUCUCCCUGUCACUUUGUGUGUUGAAAAAGAGAAUAUUCAGCCAUUCUUUGAAAAGGGAAGACAGAAAUGUCCACUUCAAAAGAGCAAAAAAUAUUGUAUGAGUGCAGUUUGAAGGCUGCUGGGUAUUUGCUGUGACUUUUAUUGAAGGAUACCCGCUGAGUGAAAUUUAUUGACUUGUCCUUGAUAUUUAUUGCACUGUUCUCUGAGUCCUCAAGCGCUCUGACAGAGAUUCAUCUGUCUUUGAAUCCACUGUGGAUGAGAGAGAGCGCGGAGGCAGAGGCAGACGGGUUUGCUUGUCUUUGUAUUUAUAACAGUAUUUAAAACCAAACAAGUUGCUUUUGUAUGAAAUUAACCUGAUGAUAAUAAUAAUAAUAAUAGUAUUAACAUUAAUGAGCCCAGUAGGACUUUGUGUAUAUUUGGUUGAAAACAUAUUUAUCCUUAAGCCAGCGAGUUUGCCAUUUAAAGGCUGGACAUGUGAUUUGUUGUGAUUGGACUAUCAUGAAAGCAAAAUUGCUAAAAUAAUCCAGCCAAGUACAGUUACCUGAUUGCUUCUUGGCUUAAUUCACUCUAGUUAAAAAUAAAAUAAAUGCCAUUUUUGAUUUUUAAAAAAACUUAACUAUACCUAUGUCAACACAAACUGCUGCCAUAAAGGCCCAGUCACACCAGCAUUUGAACAUAAAGACUCUGGUUAAAUUAAUCUCUGGAUUUGCUUUCAGCAGUAAGAUAAAUAAAAGCAGAUUUUAACGUCAAGAUUAACUUAAGUGAACUGUGACAAGUGGAUUAGAUUAAUAACAAACUGUCUUUUGCUGCUGAGAGCCAGAGAAUCUAAAAUGGAGGACGCUAUCGUAGCUAGCUAGCUGUGUGUUGCACCAUUCAUUUUUAUUUACCUCGUCUGUUGGAGUAUAAACAUCUCUGCAAAAGAAACAUGGUUUUUAGACAGAGACAGGACAUUUUUGAAUAAACUAUGUUAUUUGUAAUAUUUGCAAAAUUUUGUGAAAUUGUCGUGACUGAGCUAAGAGGCUAACUGCUACUAUACUGCGAGUUUGAAAAUUUGUUGGCUUGUUUUUUUCCUGUUUAGUAACUUUGUAUUUGGAUGGAAUUAUAUUCAAUUCUAAGAAAAAACAUACCAGAGAGUAAAUGCAAUUGUCGCAACCAAACUAGGAAGUUAACUACUAAUCAAACCGCACAGAGCUACGAGGCUGCUAAGCUAACUGUCAGCUUUGAAAGACUGUUAGCUUUUUAAGUUGUUUCCUCUUCAGUAACUCUUUAUUUGGAAUGCAAAUAUGUACAAUACUAGGAACAAAAUUUCAGAGGAGAGAAAGAAAACAAAAGUGUUCUGACUAGUACUGUGAGCAUUUUAGUGGUUAGCACAGAUUCCCCAACUUCUUUAAAUCCAGAUAUUUCAGAGACUUGUGGAUGAAUUUUUGCUGUGCCACUUUCUGGUGUGACCGGGCCUUAAAAUCCACAUUGCAGUCUGAUUUUAGCUAAUUUAAAGCCUUUGUACAGUGAACUCUAGUGGGUGUAUAUCAUCUAUGAAACAUUGUGCUGUGACCCUUUGCGUAAUAAUUAGUCAAUCCUUUGAAAUUAGAUUCAACCUUGUGCUGACUCUGUACGGGUCAAACAUUUUAAUAUGGAGCCUGACAAAGCAAACAUCCCUCAAACACUGUUUCAAACUUUUCAUUGUGAGUUUGUAGAGAAUCGCAGGUUACUUCUUUUUUUGCGACUGAUUGCUACUAAGCGAACCCUCCCGUAUGUCUACGACGCCACAUGUUACUGCGAGUUCAGCCGCUCACCUCGUAUGAAGGGAAGGGGGGCAGAUGGGUUCGAGGUCGGGGACAAUGGACACUUCACACCAAGGGCUAUACCGAAUUAUCUUUGUGUGUCUGUGCUCUGUACAGCAUCUGCUUCUCAUUUUCAUUUCUUCUGCGUGUCAGUGUCAGGAGGCAUGCUUGUGCAUACGUUCACCAAUUUUUAUUUUGUGUAGAGAGAAAAUAGAAACAUGCAAGGAAAUUUAAAGCAAAGAGAACUUUUCUGUAACAUGUAAAAACACCCAACCAUGAAUUCUUGAUAGCAUUGUCAUGGGAGGAGCGGUGGCCAUAAUGAUGUCAUAUUUUGUAAAUUGUUUUUGUUGUUCUGGCUGUGAGAUGGACCUUCUUGCCGUUAAGGCUAGAUUCACCCUUUACUGGGUUUUAAGGGACUCAUGAGGCCUUGUUUGAGGUUUUCAGCUUCCCCUCUGAGUUGUAUUUCGAUAAAGACAGACAUGAUUGCUGCCAGCCAUUUUUAGUCUUUUAAUACGACACGUGCUCACGUGUUAAUAGUUUAUGAUCAUACGUGUAAAGAUUCCCCUUCUUGAUCAGACUUUAAACGCUUUUAUCAUGAUCGUUUUUAUUUAUUUAUUUUUUGUCUAAACAUGUAUUUAUUUUUUUAAUCUCUGUGAAUUUUAAUGUAUAAUCCUGGAUUUUCAGUAUACAAACUUUAUAGAGGAAUUUAAAAAAAGAAAAAAAAAUAAAGAAGAAAAGAAAAACAUUUGUAUUCUCGAGAACAAAAAGAGUCGAUGCAAUCAAAGAGAAAAGACGAACCGCAUGACGAUGUCAGAAGCCAGUAUUGAUGAUGUCAUAGUGCUGACUUAUGAUGUCAUGGCGUGUAUGUGUGUAAUUGUACAUGCGUCUGUUUUAAUUUGUGUGCCCGUGUGCGUAACUCUUUCAGUGUCUUCUUCUUCUUCCUCCUCUUCUUCUUCUUAGGAAUGCUGAACCUCAUUUUUUGACCAAACUCGGGUCGCGUCUUCGGCGUGUCACGAAGAUGCUUUUAAGCCCCCCCCCCCGCGAGUCUUGUUACGUGUUCAUAUCAACUUGUAAUGAAAUUUUAAAAAGGCCUGUUUUUAUUUUAAAAAAGAAAAAAAGGGAACAUUGAUCAAUCACAGCUUUUCUUGUCGAGCUACGUUCACCAAAGCGAGGACUUUUCAAACAUUUGAAAAUUGUAAAUUAGCAAAGGCUUAUAUUGUGUCAAGUUUUGGUAUUUGAAUAGAAGCAAAAUGGCUGAGUGUGUAAAUUAUCACUCAGCUGAUGAGUUUGUGUCACUGCUGUUUGACUUAAAUAUGUAUCUGCAAAAAGCGAUUUGUUUUUUAUAAACAACUCUCAACAUUUGUGCUCAUUUAAAGGCACAAAAGUGACUCGACGCACAGUAUUAACAGCUUUUUAAAGUUGCAGUACACGCGACGGGGGAAAAACUAAUUGCGUUCAAGUGUUUCAGCAGCUGUUGCUGAAGCGGGCCGUGGGAGAGAAUGUAUUGUGAUAGGACUGGAAAGGCUCUGUGGUUUUCACAAUGAAAAAAGAAAGUGGCAAAAAAAGCAGGAGGUGAAAUGUAAAUGACACGUGAAAAUUCAGUUGUAUUUUUAAUGUCUCUCAUUUCUCCUCAUACCUUCAAAGGUCUAAUACCGAUGUUGUAAUCCAUGUUUGGUUAAUUGCUUCCCCUGAUAAAACUGUGUGCCUGUAUGUGUGCGGUUGUGUGUGUAUGAGUGUGUGUGUGAGUUAACCACUGGGGUAGGGGAGGGGGGGCAUGGGUAUAUUUGUAUUCUCAAAGCUACUCUGCAUACCUCAAAUUGUAUGAUACAUUUAUUUAUUACAUCCCCCCUAUAUGUCUAUUUCCAAGAAUAUCCAAACAAAGGUCUCACAGAUGUGCAACCCUUUUGUUAUUGGUGAUCAAUUCUUGCAUUUGUAGAAAUCAUACUGUUUAAUUGAUAAUAACAAUAAAAAAAAUCCCACUAAAACCUUGUUUGUAUGUG